AUGGUCAUGUACGACAGUCUUAUCGUUGUGGUUAUGAUCGACCUAGUGGGCUUAGCUAUCAUAGGUUUGAUAACGCGUUCGCCAACCUCGUCAGGUUUUGAGAAGACUGAUGAUGCGAUAGUUGAAACAUUUUUCAUGACCAAAGGGCGUGAUGCUGAUCUUGGUUCCUUACACCUGAUCGUAGUAGGAGACAUCGGAGGGCUGCCUUUUUAUCCAUACUACACUCGUGCUCAGCGCAAAGUUGCGCAGACCAUGGCGAAAUGGGCCAUCGGGCACAAUCUUCAUGGUGUCAUCAAUGCUGGCGAUAACAUGUAUUUUACUGGGGUAAACAACGAAUACAGUUAUAGAUUCAGAGUAAGUUCAUUACAAUUCUGAAA